UCCUGAAUUUACAAUUUCACCUGCGGACAGCAAUAAAAUGACUUCAAGGUCAUAUUUGGCAAAGAAAUGAGACCACUGAUACUUUUGACCCUUGGUUCUUCACUAUAUGUGGUAGGACAUAAUGAAGCAUUUGAAUCUGUCCUUUUCUGCCUGUGGAUUUCUCGGGAUUUACCACUUGGGGGCAGCAUCUGCUUUGUUAAAACAUGGCCAGAAGAUGCUGAAUGAUGUAAAUGUAUUUGCUGGAGCUUCAGCCGGAUCCCUGGCUGCUACAGUUCUUUUAACAGCACCACACAAAAUACAGGAAAGUAGGAAUUUCCUUUACACAUUCUCUGAAGAUUUUAGAAGCCGAUUUCCUGGAGUGGUUAAACCAAGAUAUGAUUUCAUGAAAUGCUUAAGGGAAGGCAUAGAAACAAUUCUACCUGCUCAGGCUCAUGAGAUAGCUGAGAAUCGUCUCUGUGUAUCAAUCACAAACUCUAAAAGCAUAGAAAAUUGCUUGGUUUCAAGUUUUGCCUCUAGAGAAGAACUCAUUAAGGUACUUUUGGCAAGUUGUUUUGUUCCAUUGUAUGCUGGUUUCAAUGCUGUUGAAUACAAGGGAGAGAAAUGGUUUGAUGGGGGAUUUACAAACAGCCUACCUGUCUUGCCUACUGGACGAACAAUUACAGUAUCACCAUUUUGUGGUCAACAAGAUAUAUGCCCUAAGGAUAAUGGACAUUUUGAUUUGUAUUUUAAAAUCGGCAAACAACAAAUAAAGUUAUCAGCUGCCAAUUGGGCAAGACUUCAUGAAGUUUUGUUUCCACCCAGCCGAGCCAAAUUUGACCUCAUUUUUCAAGAAGGAUUUGAAGAUACAGUGAAAUUUUUACAAUCAGAAGAUUGGUAUCAACCAACCUAAGCAGCACCCUGCCAGAGUGUGAUUAAACUGAGCACUAUAAUAUUGUAUUAUUAAUUACUGAUUUAACUAUAUUCUUUAUAUUAAAGUGGAUUUCCAAGACUUUUAUGCUGAUGGUAUAUCCUCUGGAUAGGUCAUUCAAUAUCUGAAUUGUAGGGGUUGAAACCCAGGAGCCCGGCUGAUCUGCUGUUUAAGAAGAACCUGUUGCUUGCAGCAGCACUGCAGCCUUCUCUGCUCACCAAGCAUAACACCCAUUAUUAUACAAUGGCUGAGCUGGGUAUCACUGCUCACCCAAAUUAAUUUCAAUGGGGUUGCAUUGUGCCUAGGACAUGUGAUCAAUGAACAUGGCAUCACAUG